AUGAAUGAGCUACAAUCUAUGAUGGAAAAUUUGGAUAGCAGUCCGUCGAUUGAAGGAUUAGAGUCUUUAGCCUCACGCCUUGAAAUGAUGUUGAAAUCCGCACCUAAAGAAGUAAUUAAAAGACACACAAUGUCUAUUUUGAUGAAAGUGAAAAAAUGGAAAUCUUAUGAGAGAUUUCGACACUGUGAAGUCAUUUUGCGUUAUUAUGGAGUUCUUGCAAAAUCUAGUCAAAAGCUUGGAAUUCUUGGGGUAUACGAAAAUCUGGCCUUGGAUGGACAAUUCACAAAAUGUCUGAAAUUUUAUUUGAUGUGGGCUGAAGAAUGUGCCAAGAUCGGAAAAGUCGAGUCAUUCGCGAGUAUUUUAAAAAAUGCCCGCGAUAACUUGAAGGAUCAGAAGACGGUUCAGGAAAUCGAAGCUGGAUUUCGAGAUAUCGCCGAUGAAUACUUAAAGGAAGACGUCAACUACCUGUUCACUGAAGCUGAUGACACUAUGCUUCUUUUUGCUAUUGACAAGGGCGACGGUAAAAGAGGAAAACGUCGUUCAUCCGUUGGUAUGCUUCGACGCAUGAUUCCACAACAAGAAAAUACUAAGGAAUGCCCAUUUGGAGCAAAAGCUAAAACACACAUCCGUACCGAGUUCAUUGAUUCCGCAACUCAUUUCGGAAUUUCUCCAGAAGAAUUCCGCAUGGCGAUGAAGAAUGACGAAAAUGGCGAGGAUAUGGAUAUUUCAAUGGUUAUUGAGCAUCCGGCCCGUAGGGAUUCUGGAACUGUUCUUAACAAAUUCGUAAUCGAUUCGAAUCAAGCAAGUUUAGUCAGAGAAGCUGUAGAUCAUAGAAUUAAGGAAGUCAACCAAAAGCGUAGACAAUUGUCCAUUGUUGAAGAAAGUUCUUCCUACAAGGAAACUGAACCAGAGAAAAAGUCGAGAGUUUACUCGCCUCUUAUCCCCACAGCUAAUGCUCAGAGAGUUCCACUCAGAAAUUCAUCCAUGCAUAACGAACAACCGCCCGAAACAAUCACAUUGUCAUCAGACACAAAAUCUCACAAAGUUUCAACAUUCGAGAGCUCCUAUGAUUGCAAAAAUCCGGGGAAGGCGAACGAGACAUAUGAUAUUGGCGAGAGAACCGAAUGCGAUCUUGACAAGGAAAAACUGAAAUUGAUGAUGGCGGGAAGAAAUCAGAACGAUCUGAAGGACGAAUCUCACCGAUCAACGUUGUCGACGAGAACGGCCAGAAGUGGCGGGAUUUCGCUGAUGGCUGAAAACAAUUGCAUGGAGGCGAGAGCAUUGUUCUCCGAUACUGUUCAUUUAGCACGAGAUAAAACAAUGGCUCUUGAAGACGAUGAAACGAUGACUGAACAAUGCAAAUCCACUGGUGUUACAGCACCUUCGAAUUUGACGGUUGAUUACUCGGUAUUCUGUGAUCCAGAUCCCAGUGUUAUGGUGGAUUCGGAGCCAAAAAGAUCGUCGGGUGGUCUGAAUGUGAUUUAUGAUGAGAAUAGUCCUGUGGAGAAGGUCGAGGAGAAACGUCCGGAGGUGGAUCGAAAAGUUCAGAAGCUUUCGCAUGAGAUCAGUAAAAUGAGCACCCCGCCAUCGAUAGCGGCUAGCUUUUUGGAUGCGGAUGAAUCUUUAGAUCUUCCUCCGAAAUCGUGUGUGGUGACAUCAACGCCUGCAAUUGGUGUCCCAUAUGUGGACGUUGAAGAAUACUUCGGCAACGGUGGAAAAUCUUCUUCGCAACCACCUCAGGAAUCCGAGAAAUUUGUUGUACCAGCUUUGAAAGAAUUCGGAACGUUUGCCGAGAGGACUCGCCGAUCUUCAAUGGCUCCGCCUACUCUGCCACAAAUGGCAGCCAAGCCACAAUCUGCACCAGCCAAGCGUGCCGAUGAAUCACUUUCGGAGCAGCUUGGAAGGAGGCUUUCAAUUGGUGGUGGAGACGAGACUCAAAUAAUCGCAAAACCAAACGAGGAAGUUGUCGAAGAGACGGGAAGAAAAGAUAGGCGACGAAGUGAAGUUAUUCGAGGAGAAAUAAAUCCAUGGGAUCCGACUCUUCAGCGAAAAAUCAUGAAACUCGUCAGACCGCCGUGCAAUAUGCAUGAGCUUUCGACCAUGUGCCCGAAAAUUCAAGCGAUGAGGGAAAUUGAAGCCGGUGGAGAGAAAUUCCGCCUUCAAACGCUUCUCGGUCAAGGCGGAUAUGCAAAAGUAUAUAAAGCAAUAAAUGAAGAUAAUAAGACAGUGGCAGUGAAGUAUGAAGUACCUUCUUGCGCCUGGGAAGUUUACAUUUGCGACCAAAUGAGGCAUCGGCUGCAGAAAAGGGGUGGCGUUGAAUCUACUGAGAUCGCUGAUCGAUGCAUCAUGCAGUACCAUCAAUACGGAACUCUUUUGGAUUACACGAAUUCGGUCAAAGAUCCGAAUUGGAUGUUGACGUGCUUCCUGAUUGUUCAAAUGGCCAAAAUUUUGCGCGAAGUUCAUGAGUCAGGAGUAAUCCACGGCGAUGUGAAGCCGGAUAAUUUCAUGAUUACUAGAAAAAUUGACAUGAGCUGGGAGAAACCGGAAUUGCUCACACAUUCGUGUUUCGUUAUCAAAUUGAUUGAUUGGGGAAGAGCUAUUGAUAUGGUUACGUUGAAGGACCGCAAGUUUACUGGAAGAGCUGGAACUGAAUCGUUUGACUGCCCAGAAAUGCUGGACGGACGACCGUGGACAUUCCAGGCAGAUUUGUUCGGAUUUGCCGCUACAAUUGCUGUCCUUGUUAGUGGAAAAUAUUGUUCACUGACCGGCAACGAAUAUGGAAACUAUAACCUUGAUGUCGAAGUGAAACGAAGGAACAGCAUCCGCGAACCAAUAAUGGACACGAUUCGAACACUUUUGAAUGUGAAGUCGUGCGAUGAAUUGCCGUCGUGGGAUGAAAGAAUCGAAAAGUUCGAAGCUGCUUGGAAUGAGCAUUUUGAGAAUAUCGGGUGGAAACAGGCGGCGGGAAAAUUCAACGAAUUUUGCGAUACAGCUGCCCGUGCCAAUUAA